AUGGCAUCGCUCAUGUUUGCUUCAUGUCUGACUUGUCUUUUGGUUUGGAACAAAGCCUUGGCAACAGAUUCUAAUGUGUCUAUUCGUCAAGACGGAGGUUUGAUAUUGGCUGAUGCUGGUGGCACAGUGACUUUACGAUGUUUCUAUGAAUGUAACACUCAAGCGGUGUUUCACUGUAUCUUUACAUACAAGUUUGAAUUUGCUGAGGGCGUCACAGUCAGUGUUAAGGGUUCAGACUCCAACGUCCCAGCUCUUGUGCAUCAGUCAGUGUUUGGGAGCAUCCAGCCAGGAGGCUCUGUGACUCUGAACUGUUUAGUACAAACUGGGACCUGUGAUGGACAACACAGUGUUUACUGGUUCAAAGACACUGGAGAAGCUCGUCCAGGAAUUAUUUACACCCACAGAGACAGAAAUGAUCAUUUCUCUCCCGUUUCCAAACAGAAUGUGUUUGGAAACGGGACCACACUGGACUUUGAGGAUGUUGAUGAGUCCUUCAUGCUGGUGUGCGUCUUGAGUGGAGCCUCAGUGUUCACUACCCUCCUGGUGGUCUUCCUGGCUUACCCUGCUUAUAGAACAUAUAAGGCAAAUGGCUGCCAAUGCACAGACUUUAAAGAAAGAUCUCAACCGUCUUCUGCCCCAAAUGCAGAGGUUUAUGAAGAUGCAGAGAACCUCAAUUAUGGUGCAAUGAAGAGGAACCAGAUGAGCAGAUCAGCAAGACAGAGAGGUGACACAUGGAGUGAAUGUGUGUACUCUCAUGUGAGGAUGUAGGUUCCAGUCAACAGAACUUUUGGGUAUCACUUCAUAAACUGUACUGUACAAAGACCUACAAAGUUAAAAUCCAGAAAACUGCAUAAGUAAAAAAAAGAUCUACAUGUAUUAAUAUCUACUAAGUAUGAAUCUACGCAUGUUUGCUUCACACUUACCAAUCAACGUAGAAAUGAGCACAGGUGAAUGCAUAGCACACUCCUCCCAUGACACGCCUCUAUAUAAAUAUGUUAUAUCAUUUAAAUAUGGUCUGCGUCUGCGCAGUAUAGAGUUGGAUCAUAUGUCUACAGGUCCCACACAGCAGCAGAAAUUAACAAAAUAAAAGUGGUCUGACAUUAAAGGUGGAUGUGAAGCAAAAGCAUCAAAGCGUCACCAAAAGAGGCUGAGGAGAAGGAGAAACAAACCUUAUGACAUUGUUUAGCAACUAAUAGGAAGUUUUUACAUCAAAUCACCAACUUGUAUUGACACUGAAAACAGGAUGUACUUUGGGGGCGCAUAGAUUCUAUGCACAACAGGAAUUAAUAUUAAGACCAUUAAAUUAUUUACUGACCAAGGAACCACCAAUCUGGUUCCAGCUUCAAAUUUGCCAUGUUGUUUUUUAAAAUGAAUAGAUUGUGCAUUAAACCAGGCACCUCAUCACAAUGUUGCUGACUGUAGCUGCAUUUGUGCAUCACAGAUUAUUUGUACAUUGAUGAAAUAAAAAUGAUUUCUGUUGACAUGUGCCACUUCAUCCUGUGACAGUGCUUUUAUAGUGAUGCGUGUCCAGUUCAUGGGUCCGAUCACGUCAGGUAAACCUGAUCUGGCUGCAAAC